AUGGCCAACCCUGAAGUAGCUGUAAAUGUAGAGCACUUGGAAGAAGAGAAAACUCUGAGAUCGGUUGUUGAUGAACAUAGCGAGUUAGAGACUACUGCAACGGCAGAAUCUGCCCCAAAAGAUGGAGGAGAUACAAAAGAAGCUAGAAGCUGCAGGUUAUCCUUCAAUACAAUUUUCAAUCGAAAUGGGAACUUCCUUCCUAUGUGGAACAACGUAUUUGUAGUAUCUUGUGUGUUUGCUGUCUCCUGUGAUCCUUUGUUCUUCUACAUUCCGAUCAUUAACGAGAAGAAGAAGUGUCUAUAUUUUGACACAAGGUUGAAGACCGUAGCCCUCGUCUUACGGUUACUCACAGAUCACUUCUACAUUGCGGACAUUAUUAUGCGAAUUUUGACCAGUAUACGUCAAAUCAAGUUAUCAAAGGCUUCUGGGGUGAUGAAAGCACAAUUAGGAUCUCCUAAUUUGAAUGGGAAGACAUCAGUUGGUGAUGUUUUUGAAAUAGCUAAGAGGGCUUGGGCGAAAACUAAUAGAUUAUACGUCCUGAUUGACAUUUUAGCUAUUCUUCCCAUACCCCAGGUGGCAAUGUUCAUUUUCUUUUCGAAAAUGAAGGGUCCGGGAUGUUCAAAAGAAAGAAGGUUUUUCGACACUCUUAUUAUAUUCCAAUUUGUCCCACGAGUUCUUCCCGUUUACUUAUUGUGCAGAGAACGCAAGAGAACUCUUAAUAAAGCAAGCAUGUGGACUAAAGGUGUUUUCAAUUUCUUCCUAUACAUCCUUGCAAGUCAUGUACUCGGAGCUCUUUGGUACUUCUUUGCCAUUCAACGAGAGAUGGAUUGUUGGCAUUCUGUUUGCCAACAUCACAAUAAAUGCCAACUCAGUACCUAUAGUUGUAGCGCAGGACAAGAUAGAUUGAGAAAUAUCCCAUUGUUAGACAUAAAAUGUCCGAUAAACCUGCCGGAAGAAAAGAAAGGAAAGCCCUUUGAUUUUGGUAUAUUUGCUGAUGCGCUUGACUCCGGCCUAGUGCAGACUACUGAUUUUCCUGAAAAAUUCUUGAAUUGUUUCUGGUGGGGGCUGCGAAAUCUGAGCUCUCUGGGUCAAAACCUCCAUACAAGCACCUAUGCAUGGGAAAACCUCUUUGCUGUGUUUAUUUCGAUCAUAGGCUUGCUAUUGUUUAUAUAUCUCAUCGGAAAUUUGCAGACAUACUUGCAGUUUGCGACUACAAGAUCAGAGAAGCUCAGAAGAAAGAUGAAAACGAAAAAUUUAGAGGUUGAUUUGCGGCUAUCAAGAAAAGGCCUCCCUAGCAAUUUGAAGGUAGUGAUAAUGCAAAUCAUACAACAAAAACUUGAACAGAACAAAGAUGUUCAAGUUGAGGACAUCCUUUCUGUUCUUCCUUCAGCACAUAGUAAAUAUAUCAGACGCUAUCUUAGUUUGGCUACACUCAAGAAAGUGCCAAUGCUUCAAACUAUGGUGGUAAGAAUGCUAAAAGCAAUCUGUGAACACCUUACGCCGGUGGACCAUCCAGAGGACAGUUACAUUAUCCGAGAGGGGAAGCAACUCCAUCAGAUGAUUUUCAUCACACAUGGUACUGUACAGACCUACAAGACCAAUGGUAAAGGUGGAAAAAUUGGUUCCAAGUUUCUUGAGAAAGGGGACUACUAUGGAGCAGAAGAACUUCUCAAAUGGGCAUCCAAUUUCAGCGGUCACCAGGACUUACCAAUCUCAACGAGAAUGGUUAAGCCUGUCACUAAAGUUGAAGCAUUUUCACUGAGUAAGGACGACUUGAAGAGUGUAGCCAUCAAGUACUGGUGGAAUUUCACCAAGAACAAGGAUCCGAAGGAUUUCGACCAGUCUGUGUUGGAGGAGUUUGCAGUAUCUUCCAUAGAAAAAGAAAUCCGUCGCCGCAGGCAAGUGAAGAAGAAGCAUACAAUAAGGUCUCUUCAUAAGUUGGAUACUCAGGGUAGUGCUAGCCAGAAGUUGCAGAAGGUUAUCAGUAGGGUCAUGAAGGAUCAGUUGCCUUCACCUGUUGGUGCUCUAGAUGGCAGGUAA